AUGGAAGAAACUAUCGGGAGACUGCUAAAGCAACAGCAGGACUUUUUAGUGGACGUAUUGAGUACAAAUAGAGCAUGGAUGAUUGCACAAUUGGAAGAGCAAAAAACAAAUCUUGCUAAAAUGCAAGAAAAUCCUCGUGAGCCGACCAUAACCUCAACAAAUAUAUCCGUGCCAGCCUUUCCACCGUAUGUGCAUACAAAGCAAAGUUUUGACUCGUACAUCGCACAAUUAACCCAGCAUUUCGAAGCGUAUUCAGUCACGAAGCAGGAACAGAAACGAGCAUUUUUCCUCUCGUGGGUAGGAGCCGACUGUUUUGAGCUGCUAUCCAAACUUUUCGGCACAGAAGACAUACAAACGCAGACAUACGAAAGCAUUAAAGAAAAGUUGUCAACGCACUACAAGGAAAAUGUUCACAUACUGGCCUCAAGAUACGAAUUUCUGUCAUCGAAAAUGAAACCAGAACAAAAGUAUUCAGAAUGGGUUGCUGAACUGCGGGGCAUAGCGCGGAAUUGCAGGUUCGUGUGUAGUAACAAUACUUGCAAAACGUCAUUUAUAGAUGACCUGCUUCGAGACAUUUUAGUUUUGAAUUCGCCACAUGAACCGGUACGCACUGCAGCACUACAAAAGCCUAAUCCGGCACUCGCAGAUGUUAUAGCUAUAGCCGAAAGCUAUGAAACAACACAGGCCAUGAAAAAGCGGAUGUCAUCUAGCACAGCAGAACGCAGCGAAGUAUUUCAGCUGAAACAGCACCAAGCUGAAAAAAAGCUUAAGCCAAGCGCAAGCAAGAGUAACUGUUUUCAAUCCUGCUCUGGGUGCGGGAAGCACCACUCCAGAAGCCAAUGCAAAUUUCGUAAUGCACAAUGCCGAAAGUGCAAUCGUUUCGGCCAUAUCGCACCAGUUUGUAAAGCACAAAGUGCAAUUACCGACAAUAAAAAUAAUAAAAAGGAGAAGCAACCGCAGACUAACAACAAUAACGCUCAGCGAAGUGUGUCAACGAUCAACUUUGUUGCUUCAAUUACGAGCACCGUGCCAAACAAAGUAGGAAACAAAUAUCUGAUUGAAAUAGGGGUGAAUGAAGUACCAGUCAAGUUUCAGAUGGAUACCGGCGCCACUUGCUCCGUGAUUGGCUUAGAUGUAUAUAAUGAAAUUGGAAAGCCAAGUCUUACGCCCUAUCCAACUGGUAAGCUAAUCGCGUAUGGGGGAAGUGCUGUAAGCAUUUUGGGAACUAUUGAUGUCACUAUUCAUCAUGGGCAAAUUAAACGGCUAGUGAAACUUGUUGUAGCUAAUGUUCAGCAAAAUAGUGAAAUCCUUGGAACGGAUUUGCUAGAAGAAUUGGGAUUAUGCGCCUGCCAAGCACAUCACGUAAACGCCGUUACGACGGAUCCUAACGAAAAUAUCGAAGGGCUUUUGAAAAAAUUUGCAGAUGUGUUUGAAGGCACGUUGGGUUAUUGCACAAUUUCAAAAGCUGAGUUACGGUUAAAACAUGAUGCGACACCUAAGUAUUUCAAAUCUCGCCCUAUACCUUUCGCGCAAUUGAAGGACUUCAAAUUAGAGGCACAGCGUCUAACGGACUGCGGGAUAUGGAAACCAAUUACGUUCAGCAAAUGGGCAGCACCCAUCGUAGUGGUUCAAAAAAAAGACGGGCGUUUGCGGAUAUGCGGUGACUUUAAAGCUGUGAACGCACAGCUCGAGGUAGAUCACUACCCAAUACCCCGCAUUGAAGAACUGUGCCGCAAGCUAAGAGGAGGCACAAUCUUCGCCAAAAUUGACCUUUCAGACGCAUACUUGCAAGUGGGUCUGACCGAAGAAGCGAAGCAGCUAAUGGUUGUUAAUACCCCAUUGGGCUUGUUCCAGUAUCAACGCCUGCCGAUGGGAGUGGCCAGCGCUCCGGCCCUUUUUCAGAAGCUAUUGGAACAAGUCAUUGAAGGUAUUCCGAUGUGUAUUAAUUAUCUUGACGAUAUAUUAGUAGCUGGUAAGUCAAUACAAGAGUUAUUGGAAAAUUUGCAAUCAGUAUUCGAGCGACUGCAAGCAUCUGGGUUAAAAUGCCGCAAAUCCAAGUGCACUUUUAUGCAGCGUCGAGUUGAAUAUGUCGGAUUUGUGUUGGAUGCAGCGGGUUGCACGCCAUCUCCAGCUAAGGUUUCAGCUAUAAGUGAAAUGCCGCGGCCUAAAAAUUUGAAGGAACUUCAAGCAUUCCUGGAUAAGGCUGCUCCGCUUAACCAGCUACGUAGGCAAGGCGAAAAAUUUCGGUGGGGAGAGAAGCAAGAAAAAGCGUUUCUAGCUCUUAAGCACCAAUUGAGUACAGCACCUUUGCUAAUUCAUUUCGAUGACCAGUUACCCCUUAUUUUGGCAACAGACGCAUCUUCGCAUGGAAUAGGAGCUGUUAUAUCGCACAGAAUGCCGGAUGGGUCCGAAAAGCCCAUCGCGUUCGCAUCUAAGACGCUUGACCACCACCAAAUACGUUACAGUCAGAUAGAAAAGGAAGCGCUUUCUAUUGUAUUUGGUGUCAAGAAGUUUCACCAAUUUCUGUUUGGUCGCCAGUUUACAUUGCUCACAGACCACAAACCGCUGGUGUCGAUAUUCAGCCCUGAUAAGCAACUACCGUCUGUGAUGAUACAACGCCUUCAGCGCUGGGCAUUACUGCUCAUGUCCUAUCGGUAUACUAUACGAUAUAGGCCAACGGAUAAGCAUUGUAACGCAGACGCUCUAUCUCGGCUUCCAGUAGGGCCGGAUGCCGAGUUCGACCAAAGUGAAGCAUGCAUGCAGGUCGAAUCUGACCUAACUGCUUCACCACUUAAUGUGCAACAUCUGGCAAACCUAACUGCAAAGGAUCGCACUCUUAAACAAGUGUGGCGAUUCAUCGAAAAGGGGUGGCCUGAGAAGCUUCCAUCGCAACACCGCGAGCUACAGCCGUAUUUUGUUCACCGGCACGCGCUUAGUUUGGAAAUGGGGGUCAUUAUAUUGAGAACAGAGUACACGCGUGUGGUCCUACCGUUGACGGCACAAGCAACCGUCCUUGAAUUGCUGCAUGAAGGACACUGGGGUAUGACGCGUAUGAAGCAAAUGGCGCGUCAACACUGCUGGUGGCCCUCUAUGGAUACACACAUAGAAAAGAAAGUUUCACAAUGCGAAAUAUGCCAACAGCAAAGUACAUCUUCACCAGCUCGAGCAUAUACAAAUUGGCCUGUAGCUGAACGUCCAUGGCAGCGCAUACACUUGGACUUUGCAGGGCCGUUUCAUAACGCUACUUGGCUUAUAUGCAUCGACGCAUUUUCGAAAUAUCCAUUUGUAACAAAGAUGGCCAGUAUAACGGCUAAAGCAACGAUCGAUGCCUUAAAAGUAAUAUUUUCUGUCGAAGGUCUGCCUGAUACCAUAGUCACGGAUAACGGACGGCAAUUCUCAGCGGCCGAGUUCCAGGUUUUUUGUAACAGCAAUGGGAUUACGCAUCUCACCACUGCGCCUUUUCAUCCGGCAUCGAACGGCGAAGCUGAACGCUUUGUGCGCACCUUUAAGCAAGCCUUUAAUAAAAGCAGUCGCGGACGAACUUGUCCCAUUGGCAGUAGCAAUAAGUCGCCGGCGGAAUUGCUACAUGGCCGCCAGCCAAAAACACGGCUUAAUAUGCUUGUACCCACUCCCACUCAAGGGUUCGACAAACGUUUACGCCAGGAACGUGGAUUCCUGGUGUAA